GACCUCCCUACCGACUCAGUCCCCUCCUACAGCGGGUCACAUCGUUGAGCAGCAGCAGCUCGCCGCUUACCUGGAGAAAGCUCUCAGUGUGGGCCCGAGAAAUGUAGUGCUGUUCCUACAGGACAAGAUGAGCAUAGAGGACUUCACCAUGUACGGAGGAGCUUUUGGAAACAAGCAGGACAGCGUUUUCCCCAACCUCGAGGGGGCUCUGAUGUCCUCGUCCUCCCCUCUGGUGUUACCUGCUGUGUCCUGGCCUGCCUCCAAUGCAGUGAUUGGCCAGCUGCAGGACCAACUGGAGACCUCCCCUCUGUACAUGGACCCUGAGACGCUGAGUCAGCUGAGACUCAACGCCUCCUCACCCGCCCUGCUGGUGUUCAGGCUGCCCUACGGCAUCGGGGCUGAUCUGAUGUCUGCAAAAGAGAUUCUCAGUGGAAACGAUGAGAUGAUCGGUCAGGUGCUGAGCACCAUGAAGACCCAGUCGGUCCCAUACACAGCCAUUUACACAGCCCUGCGGCCCUCCAGGGAGGCUGCGACUCUCUCUAUGGAAGCAGGGCUGGGUGGAGGACGUUCUCUCCUGCAGGCCAGAGGCGGGUACAGGGAGAGGGAGAGAGAAAGGGAGAGGCAGCGUAGGAUCAAGGAGAAGGCUGGGGUCUACGCUCCGGUGGAGUUUAAGGAGGGGGAAGAGACCUGCAUCCUCCUGUGGGCCAAAGGCCUGUCAGUCAGCAUCCUUCGGAGUGGUCGCUGGGAAGAACACGACCUGACCCCGUCUACCUUUGGGGAGGGUGUCAGCCCGAAGCUCCACGGCUCAAACUGCGACAAAUCCAAAGCGAGGUUGGUUCUUAAUUAUGAGAAUGUCCUCGGCCACCGCAGCUUCAAACUGAUCUUUGCGAUGAGCCAGCGUCACUACAAGGUUUCUGAUCGCCCCUGGUUCACGCUGGACGCCGUGGAGCUGGAGUACGACGGGACCAAAGCCACGUUUAACGGCAGCAGAAACAUUUAUGCCCCCGCUGAGUACUCGUACCGCUGCGAGUCCGUCACCAGCUUCCGCUGGCCCCUGCUCAUCCCACGCUCAUCGAAAGAUCCAGCCAAUCAGUGGAAGGUCUCGUUUCAGGACUUUCAGGUCCAGGGCUUUAGCGUGACCAACGGUGAAUUCUCGUACGCCAGUGACUGUGCAGGCUUCUUCUCUCCUGGGAUCUGGAUGGGUCUGAUGACCAGUCUUCUCAUGGUCCUCGUGCUCACCUACGGCCUGCACAUGAUCAUGCAGCUCCGCACUAUGGACCGGUUCGAUGACCCCAAGGGCCCGGCGAUCUCUGUGCCCCAAACGGAGUAACUGCAGUCUCCCCUGACUUCACCUUCCAUCUUUCCUCCUCUUUGUCCCUCAAAUGCUUCUCUAACUGCAAUGCUUCCACUCCCACCUUUUACAUUCCGCUCCCUGUUCAUCUGUAGUUGGGCAUUAUUCACUAAUAAGUGACGUUGUCAGAAUAAGGGUUUUAGUCAUUACUGCAUAUGUGUCUGUUUAUAAAAUGUGCAUCCUUUCAGGUAGCCCCAGUUUGUGUCUCGUUGGAGUCACAGUGUAAAGCCUCCGUUACCCAGAAGGUGGUUUAACAACACCGACACCAUGUCCUAACUGCAUGUGAGCGUCUGACCAUGGCAGCCAGUUAGGACAUUUUAAUAUAAAACAGCUGUUCUGAAGCUUCUUCUAACCUCAAAUAUUUGUCUGCUGCAACUUUGUAACUCAAACAGAGACAGUAGUAAUGUAUGAACUUCAGCUUUACAGAGAGUUUCAGCUCUGGCCACAACUUCACGGUUUGUGUUCAGUGUAAUCGCUCUCAUAGCGUCAUUGUCACCAUGCACUAACCUAACUGACCGCAGACACACAGGUAGAGACUAGCUGGUGAACAUUUAGCAGCUAAAGAGACAAAUUUAAGACUGACAGAGUUUAAAAAAAGAGUGUGCAGGUUUCAUUUUAACCAAUUUUAUUCCAUCACACAAAAUAAUGUGUGAAUAUUUUCCUUGUACAAAAAGGGUGAGAACACAUUAACCAUCUUUUAUUUGGCAACAGACUGAAUAUAUUUAGUCUUUGAGGAUUCUGGAAAUGCCUUGAGAACAACCGUAUGCGUCAUUAAACCUCCGUACAGCCUUUCUCACUCGAGGCACAGACUGGGGCUGUUUUCAGGCUGCCGUCAUUAAAUGUCCCCCACCAGAAGGGACACAGUUGUACAGACAGGGACAAAAAUAAUGUAUGAAAAAUGAACUAUGAAAUGCUAUUUAUUGGAGAAACUAAUUUGUGUACGUGUGUGUUUACGGUUGUGUUUGUGUCUGUGAGUAGACAAAAGGGAUGGCACUCUGUAUGGAUGAAACAUAAAUCAUAUCCACCACAUUACUGCCGACUCAAAGGGACGUUCUGAUGAACAAUGAAAGGACCACAGAUAUACAGUUAAAAGGUCUUAUCAAACAUGAGCUUAAGUAACUUUUCCUUUUUGAACAAUGUUGUUUUUUCUGUCAUUAACAUGAACACUAUUUAUUCCUCCUCUGGUGUGCACUGAAAUGUGAAAUUAUUGUUUUUCUGUUUAAAUUAUUUAGUUUUUUGAUGAUUUGUAGUGAGUAUCAAUGAUGUGAGGUCCUGAUUAUGGUCCUGUGUCGUGCUGCUGAUGUGACCCCAAUAAAACAUCUGUGAAAAUUGA